AUGGUCGAAUCUGUUGUAUCUGUCGAACAAGGCGAUUGCGGAGGGACGCGUACAGUCAAAGCAGCGGUGAAGCGGCAAAGUGUCGGUGCUCUCACACCUGGACUGAAUGAGGCGACAACUGCUGGCCAUCAGCACAUGCCAGUCUUAAUCACAGCUUACCCUCCAGGAGCGCUCUUCCGCUCGAGUAGGGGGGUCUGA